AUGCCUCGAGCAAAAUCUGAGCGGUCAGCAUCUAUAGCAGUACCGUUCCCAGCGACGGCUGUCUCAGGGCCAUCCUCUCCACGAAAGCGUUCUUCGAAGGCAACGACCACCGCGGCUGACACUCCUCUCGUUGGUCUUGAAAUUCUUCGUGCUACAAAGGAAGCAGGGAAGUCACAUAAGCACACGAAGAGCACUCGCGACGGCUAUGCAGGUUACCUCGUCCGGAUGCAGAAUUGGGCGGCCAACGCUGCGAUGGGUGCCGAUCCGGAGUUCCCUGAAGCGUUUUCAGGGCCUCCGAAGCGGUGCUCAGGAGAAGCACUUGCGCUGUAUAUCACAUUCAAGUGCCUACACGAGAAGCGCGGCGUCUCGACAGCAGAGGGCGCACAUGCUGCUGCCAAGAAGUACUGGGAAGAAUAUGAAGGCGAUCUAUACCGUGGGGAAUGGCGGUUCGAUGAGCAUCGUAGCCGCUGGGUUGGAAACCCUGCAACAUGUGCAGAAGUUCGCGACAUCCUGAAGGCAAUCAAGAACAAAGCAAACGCGGACGGCGGAGAGCGGACUCACUCGGUCGCAAUGCGAUAUGACUAUUUGAAGGCGAUCAUCGAGUGGUCAGAGACCGAAUGUCCUCCUGCAGAAGCCAUGGUUACUCCAAGAGACGUAGCACACCGAACAAAGGUCACAACACACCUGUUCUUCCGUGCUUUUGCUUCAACGGGGUGGACCAUCUGGACACGCAACUUUGAGACCGCUGGAUUGAAGCGCAAACAUUACCGACUGGGGCAUAUAAGCCCAGCACCGCUCUCUCAGCCGUUCUUCAAGAUUGAAGUGACUGACCGGAAAGGUUGGCAGCGCAAGCUGGACAAGAAUGGCGAGCUUGAAACUGAGUUAGAAGGCAAUACCUUUCAUAUCUACAAUCAGCCUCACCUCUCAGCGGCAAAUAUGUUUCAUCACCUACCUGUGUGGCUCAAUUAUCUCGAGCGCUUUCACUAUCUCCGCCCGCUGUGCGAUGAAGAGUAUCUGUUCCCUGUCAUCGGUCCCAACGGGAUCAUUCAGCCGCACCUCCCGGUCUCUCACGACACAGUACAGAAGCUUUUGGACCAUUUUACGUCAGCUGCUGGGAUCGCGCAGAAGGUAAACGGAAACUUCACGACACACACCUUCCGGCGAGGGGGAGCACAGUUUCGCUUCAUGCUCGCUCCAGCUGAGGAGCGAUGGACACUGGCACGUGUUCGUUGGUGGGGAGGAUGGGCAAAGGGCGAACAUCGUGACACGCUCAUUCGGUAUCUACUGGAUGAGUUGUACAUGUACGAGGAAUCCCAUAUCGAUGCACUCCAGCCAACAGCGACAAUCACUGACCAGAGGAACGACACUGGCAAGGCAGUGAAGGCGGAGGCAGCCGCAGAUGUUGAGGACCUCUUCCGGAACAGCCUGUUGUCCAUCCAACAAGACAUCACAUCGAUGGUCGCGACAGCACUCAGCGCAUGGGCUGUCCCACCUCAGGUGAUGUCACAAGAUCCGAUUGGUCAUGUCCAUCCUUCUCUAUCGUACCCGGCAGCGUCAGUCUUGCCGCUCACGUUCCCACCUUCGCCUAUACACAACAUUGCAUCGGCACGAGGGCACUAUUGGCAGACUCCAGACCUCACCUCUCUGAGAGGCUCAGGACCGCAUCCAUCGCAUCGCCUACCCCCUAGUAACUCGGAACCUGUCAUUCCCGUCCAGCAGAGUCUCAGCCUCGCACCAUCUCCUCUCGUUCCCAGCUGGGCCUCGUCAUCAACGGGCAGUCCCUUUCAACUGCAUAGGUCACACUCGCUCCCUGUACUCAGUGGUAUCCAGCCGCUCACAAGUCUGCCGCCACCUGAUGCACGUGUGCUCAAUAUCCCCAUAUUGCGUGAUGGGAAACGAGACAAGGCAAAUGCGUGGAGAGACGUAAUCGAACUCUGGGAUGUUGGAAUUCCGUCCAUCAAUGUCAUGCCGCUGCGUGAAUGGCCGAGAGAAUGGCUUACAGGCGAGAACAAGACACGGUAUGCAGCAAAAUACCAGCAGCGAAAGGUUGUAGCAGAAGAGUUCAUUCAGCGGUUCGCCCGCGAUGAGCAUGCCUUCUUACAUGCAUACCCCGAGGCCGGGAAAGGGUCCACUGCACUACUUAAAGCAAUCAACGAAGCACGACGAACGCGUGGUGAUCGCAUCGAGCGCAGGAGCAAGAACGGCGACCCCGAUGAGCGACGACGCCAUUCAGUGACUGCAGAAUAG